UCGGGAUAAGAUUUCGUGGGAAAGAGGGAACAAGUAGCAAGCUAGUUACUGCCUGGAUAGCUAGCUAGCUGCAAAUCAUGCAGAAACACACGACAUUAAAAAAAUCUGCGUUUUAUUUCACGUUAAUUCCGUAAUUUAAUAUAGAUGCCCAUCUAUAGAUAGGUACGGCUAUUUUUUUUCUCAUUUCAUAUAUAGCCUAGUAGCCUAUUAACAUUGGCUAGCCUGCUUGAUGUCAGACUUUAUUUCAUAAUGGAAAUAGCAGUAUUAGCUUGCUAACGUUAGCUGUAGGUUAAUUAGGUUGACUGGAAUAAACAGUGGCCCUUGAAACCAAGGAAAUGAGUUUCGAUUGUCGGUAAAAACGCACUUUCGUUUAGAAAUCUCAAGAUUUUCCGUUCUGCGACACCCCCCAUUUCCUAUUGACGCUAUCAAAGGAUACAAAGAAACCCGCAUCUUCAUUCUAGACGGGGUGUGUGAAUGUGUGCUGAGACUGGGAAGCAGGACUGAAGGUCAAGAUGCCAGCCCCUCCCCCUCCCCCACCUGCCCCAGGUCCACCCCCACCGCCUCCCACCUUCAGCCAGGCUAACACCACUCCACCCAAGUUGAAUCGGGAUGAGGCAAAGGGGAGGGGGGCCUUACUAACAGACAUCUGCAAAGGCACUAAGCUUAAGAAGGUUUCUGUGGUCAAUGACAGGAGCGCACCUGUCCUGGAUAAGGGCUCAUCGGGCAGAUCUUCGCUGCUGGCUCGAGCGCCCCGCCCCCCUGGGGAGAGUGACAGCUGCAGCCUGCGGGCCGUCUCCCCGGACCUGCCCCCACGCCAGCGGCCCUCUCUCCCAGACCUCCCCCGGGCGGCCCGCUGCGGCUCCUCCCCCACCGUCCCCCGACAGAAGCCCCCCGCCCCGCCCCCGCCCCCGCCCUCGCCCCUCUCCCGGGAGAAGCCCCUCCCGCCCACACCCGGCCAGGACAGUUCCCACCGGCCCCCGCACCCCAAGCCUCCCCCCUCCCCCAUGCACCUGCCCUGCUCCCUGGCAGGAGGCGGGUCUCUGUCCUCUCCCUCCUCUCUGGCCCCGCCCCCGUACUGCCAGCCAAUCACGGUCUCCAGCAGCCACUCCAGCCCGGUCAGCGAGGCGGCUCCCAAGCUCCCUCAAAGGCACAACUCUCUCCCCAAGAAGACGGGCCCCGGCUGCCACACCCCGACCCGGGGCCACGCCCCGCCCCCGCCUCCAGCCAGGGACCCUCCCAGCCGAGGGGCAGCUCCACCCCCUCCUGUGAUGCGCAGUGCUGGUCGGGAUGCCCCGCCCCCACCCCCUUACAGGAUACAGUCGAACAGCGACUCCCACAACAGAGCCAAGCACCUGUCCCCACGCACGCCCGCCGUGGCUCCGCCGCCCCCACCCGUUCGCAACGGACACAUCUUCAGGUGCUUUGUUGAUGAUUUUGAGUCCAAGUACUCUUUCCAUCCACUGGAGGACUUCCCUGCCCCCGAAGAGUACAGACAUUUCACCAAGAUCUACCCCAGCAAGACAAACAGAGUGAUGAGAGGGGCCCCUCCAUUACCCCCUGUUGGAAGGUGAAUUCUGUGAGCCAGAGAUUAUAAUGGACAGGAACCGACCCCCCCCCCCCCCCCCAAAAAAAAACAAAAAACAGACACGCCACAGGCACAAACACAUUAUGCACAUUAAGAACCAGCCUGCAAUAAACCCUUGUGAACAGUGUGCCCGCCCUCCCUCCCAAUAUCCAGACCCCACUCAUUGUAAAGUCCAUCUCCGCAUACCUAUAUUUUUUGUCACCGCAUGAUGCAGCUGCAUGGCUUCAGCAGAUCAUUCUGGAAGCAGGACCCAGCCAGUAAUGGAGGAGCUGUGUUAAAACUGAGGGGCCCAAAGGUUGCCAGCCGUCGCCUGAAACGCAGACUACAGCCGUCACCAGAGAACCCUGGCGGUGUCAUCCAUGACCACCAUCGUUACAGGCGUGGCUGUUCAAUUUCAGACUGCACUCGUGCAACUCCCACCUGGGUGCCGGAGAGCAGUUUGUUUGCGUUUCGGUACAAAUCCGUUUCCCGUUUUGCCGGAACCAGGAUGGAGGAGCACUGAGUGGGGCAGUCCGUCGACGUUCACUCAAGUGCCAAACGCAGGCAGACACGACGGCCCGUGGCUCAGCAGGAUAUGGACGGCAUGAGAGAACCACGCACAGUAUAAUCCCAUAUAAACAAACCCUACACCUCAAACCUACCGGAUUAUCCCGACGUCAUUCGGAUAUUAUCGCGUUCUGUUUGAGUUAACGGCUGAAAUGUGUCUGCUUGUGCAAUGAUGAAGCAUGCUUUGUGAAAAUUGCUUUUGAAAUGGAAACUAUGCUUUCAAAUUCCCCAAGUAAUCAAAGCCUGAGUAAAUCGGGCAGUCACUGCAAUGAAAGGUUCCCACCAUGAGAAGGGGAAGCAUGUGCAAAAAUGUAUGAGGAUUUAAAUGUUGCAUUUCAUCAUGUGUGUGACAUGUCAGAAUGAUCACAAGAACAUCAAACAACAUUUUCAUUGCACUUUCAUACAAAUUAUACAUUGACAGAGUGGAUAUUGACUGAGAACUUCAAACCUGGACCAUAGAAUUUUUCCUAUGGUAUCCACUGUCGCACGCAUGAUGGAUUGCAUUCAAGAUGCAAAACCUCUUGCUAUGGUUUGCCUCGAAUGCUUUGAUCUCUCUAAAACGGUUUACAAACGCUAGUCGGGAUGUAAAUUAAUUUUGAAAUAUUUGGAUGCUUGUUUGAAAUUGAAUACUUAGAUGAUGUAAAAUCUUAAUAUUAAUCCAAUUCUUAUUACGAAAGUUGUUAAACUUUUAAAACUGUUAACUUUUUUGAAACGCACUAAAAUGUGGAUGUUAAGAGUAGAGAAAGCAAGUAUCCAAUUUAAACCAAAUUAUUUGCAUCCCUGUUCUGCAACAAUCUUGACGCAAUGUUUCUGUGCUGGGGUGCUGUGGUUGUAACCACUGCAGGAAGUGAUUUAUUUAAGAAUUGGUGUCGCACCCAACUCAUUUGGCUGCCGUAGUAACAGCACUCUGCAAACUGCAGCAGGCUGUUUAUCACAGCACCUUUUAUAAAAGUUUGCAGCAUUUUUCUCAGCCCCGAUGAUGUACUUCUUAAUAUUCUGUCGUUUGCCCUUAAUUGAACCAUUUAAAAGAUAUUGGCAAUAAGAUGGGGACCUAAACAUGUUGUAAAGUUUUAUACACUGUUUAAAUAUUCCACAGGGACCCUUCCACACAUAGUCCCUUCAAAUAUAAUAGCAAUGGCAACAUAACAAUGUGUUAGCUGCAGGUCCCACAAAAUGUUCCUGUUGUCAUUUGCCUGAUAAAAUUUGUUUUUCGGAUCCAUCAGGGUUGAAUCCAGGCUUGACGCAGUGCUAGAUACUCUUAAAGACUAUAGAUACAUUUUGAUCUUAGGCUGAACUGCCUGUUCUUUCUCUUUUUGCUGCAGUUGAAGCUUCUUGUGUAAGUGCUUUCAAACAUUCAUAAUGCUCCAUGUCUAAAGCUGCAAGUACGACUGGAGAGGGAACAGUUAGAGUAGACCAACACUUAGUACAUUCUAUUUAUUACAAAAGUUAACGCAUUCGAUUGUUGUGCUCACUGUAAUACAUCUUACUGUACGUGUACGGUUGUCAGUACACAACUUCAACUGACGCAGGUUGACGUAGGCUGAAUUAAAAUGUUUAAAAAGGUUCACGGAUGCAUUUCAGAACCUCAGAGUGGAAUUCCAUACUAACAAAUAAAGUUUAAUACAGCAA